UGACGACGAUCAGUCAUGAGCGAUGCUGUGUUUAACCCGAGUUUAACGUUCAACGGUUAUCUCGCGCUGCAUUUGGUUCAAGUUCGUGAAAAAUCCAACAAUAUAAGAAAAAAAAAAAAAUAAAAAUCAAGUACUUUUCGUAGAAUGCGGCGAUAAUACAAGAUCGUUAAUUUCCAUUAACGUCGAAAUUUGCUCAUCGUCGAGAUUGUUGUUUCGCCAUGAUGAAGAUUUACGAGUGCCGUGUAUCGGACGCGAAAAUUAAGUUCUAUCUCAGACAACUGCUGACUGCUCUAGGACCGUUAAUGGGAAUUUCCGUGGCGGGUAUGGUGGGCAGUUACAGCGCGAUUCUCCUUCCGCAGUUGAAGACGAUAUCCACCUCCGGCUACGCGAAUGUAACGGAAAUUACGGACAACUUCGGAACGCUCACCGUCGACCAGGAGUCGUGGAUCGCGUCGUCCUCGAUCCUGCCGAUGAUUCCCGGAUGUUGGAUCGCCGGAUUUCUCGUCGAGAGAUUCGGCAGGAAGACAACCUUGUUGCUGCUGUUUCCCGUUCUGAUGGUCGCCUGGUUUCUCAUCGGCUUCGCCAACAGCGUGGAAGUGCUGAUCGCGGGCAGAGUGCUCACUGGAUUCUGCUCCGGCGUUCAGGCGCCGAUUUAUCCGAUCUACGUGAGCGAAACGACCGAUCCGCGAUUGCGUGGCAUUUUACUCGGAGCGAUCAACAUCACUCUCUCCAUCGGCGUGCUGGGGUGUCACGCGAUCGGCACCUGGUUCGACUGGCGCACCACCGCGUACAUCUGCGCCGGAAUGCCGGCGAUCUGUUGGUGCCUGUGCAUCUUCGCGCGGGAAAGUCCGAUGUGGUUGCUGAACAGAGGCAAGAUCGAGGAGGCCAGACGCACCUGGACACAUCUGCGCGGCGAGCGUGCGCUCGAUGAGUUCUCCCUCUUGGAAACCACCAGGCUCACGGAACUGUCAGCGAAGAAGAAGCGUUCGAUAUUGCGCUCUCUUAAAAAAACCUGGUCUUCGCGAUACUUUCUCAGACCUCUCGGCAUCGUCUGCGUGUACUUCUUCAUUUCUCAGUUCGUCGGCACUAACGUGAUGUCCUUCUACGCCAUCCAUGUGUUGUCCAAUCUCUCGGGUUCCACGCACGCGUAUCUGAUCAUGCUGGUCAUCGAUUCCAUUCGCUUGACACUCGCCGUCGUUAUGUGUUUCCUUUUGAAGAUGUGUCGCAGACGCGUUCUCACGUUCAUAUCCGGUUUUGGCGUGGCCGUCGUCAUGCUGUCCCUAAGCGCGUGCUUGGCCCACGACGUCGGACGACCUUGGCUCUCCGUGGUUCUCCUUCUCACGUACGUCGGCAUGCCGCCGUUGGGACUGACUGCCGUGUCCUGGCUGCUUUGCGGCGAGCUGUUCCCGCGCGAGUACCGCGGACUCGGAUCCGGAUUAACGUCCAGCUUCAACUUCGUCUGUCAGUUCGCGCUGAUCAAGAUGACGCCGGCCACGAUACAGAUCGCGGGACUCGAGGGUACGUUCGCUCUUUUCGGCAUCGUCGCGCUGGUCGGGACCACCGUUCUGUACUUCAUCCUUCCCGAGACCAAGAACAAGACUCUGCAGGAUAUUCACAUGUCCUUCGGCAAAACAUCGGGGCUGCAAAAAGCGGCCGUUUCGUUCCACGUGGAUGAGAAAGAAAAGCCGGAAAGUGAGGACGAGGCGCAAGAAAAAACGUUCGAUGAGUGACUGUUUCGUCCGAAAUAAAAUAAAAAAAAUAAAAAAAAUAAAAACGAGCAAAGAUCGCAGAGUGUAAUUUAUAUAGCUGUUUAUUUAUACUGAAUUAUAACUGAAUUAUAAAAACUUUAACAAAUUGAAUAAAUUCGCGAAUCUGAUCUUUCUCAGGCGCAAAAGAUGAUUUAAACUUCGGACGCGUAUUUAUUGCACUUGCGGUGCGUGUCUCUCUUGUUUCGUCGUCGUUUUCGCGAAAGCUGUGUAAUUUGCAAGGCAAAAAUUGGACGCGCGCAGCGUGAUUACCGCCUCCCUCACACGAGACGCGCGACGCCGACGACUGACGAUGAUGCGGACCGCAAACAAUUUCACAUCGGCCGUGAGUGACGACGCGACGCAUCCUUCGACCCCGGAUAGCGUUUUCGAAUACGCCGUAAAAUUAACCGAUGCGUCGAAAUAAUGACCUUGCGGCCGUCGUCGGGGCGUUGCGGCGGAGACCAAUAGAAAUUUAACUGCGCGAGAAAGAGAAAGAGAAAGAGAGAGAGAGAGAGCCUUGUCUGUGCACGACGCUCGAAACCGUAAAAUUGCGUUCUCACGUGAUUAUUGCUCGAACCACUUACCGCAGCCGAUGGAAAUUGCGGCCCUCUCCCGCCCCCCCCCCUCGUCCCACAGCGCGACGCUCGCGUGACGUUUUGCGGAUCGCGCAAUGACUUAGGCGCGUACGUUAAGUGAAAUAUGACGACGGUCGCUGUCGGGGUUAUUAAAAUGCGAGGAAUCCUGAUUUAUCGCCCUUCGCCGAGAUUUCGAGGUGAUAAAGAUAAAGAUUGCUUCCAGUUUCCCGGUUGAUGGAUGGAUCGACUGGCGGCUCGCGCGGAUAUUAAAGUCUUUCAAUACGCGAAUGACGCAUGUCGGUUUUAACCAACGUUAUUAUUUGCGUCGCGUAAAUCAUACACACACACAUACACGCGCACACACACAUUAUACGAAUAUCACGUUAAUGCUUAUAAAGUUUUGAUGCGAUAUCUAAUAAGUAAUUUUUAAUCCUAUCUUAUCGGAUGACCUUUUUAUGGGCGGCUUGUUAUUUCGUUCGUAAUCCGGGGAUGAAUCUUCAAGCCAUUUUUCCUCUUGAUACGAUUGCAAUCUCGGGAAGCAUCAAAGGCGGACGCCAUAAAGAAUCACGCUAAACUCCCGAACGCUUUUUUUUCUCAUUUUAAUUUCAUCCCCGAUCUCUUCUCUAACUCAUUACCCUCCUUUCUUCAACCUCGCUCUUGUUCGGCCUCGCUCGCUGAUUAUCGCGAGCACGCAAGGCGGUCGUUACGUACCCUUCGUUUCUCUUUUGCUCGAGUUAUUUUCGAUCACCACUCCUCUUCGCAAGGACUUGAUUUCCCGACGAAAUAUCGACAAAACGCGAUGACGAAAACGUCACUUACAUAUUAUAUGACAGCAUGUAAUUUCGUUUGAACAAUAAAAAGAAUAAAAAUCAA